AUGUUGAAUCCACUGGAGAUUAGACAGCAGGCGUCAGGCUUUGGAGUGUGCCAGAGACUGGACAGCAGGUUGAAGCAUGUGGAGCAUAUUGGAGAUUGGACAGCAGGCUGGUACAGCAACAGGCCACCUGCCCUCCUCACUUACUGGAACGAAAUUCUUUUCCAUAUCACAAUAGUCUGUAAAGGUCAGAAAACAACUCACACCAAGAAAGAAAAAGCCCAGAAUGGCAGUGAGGAACAUGGUCAGGCAGGGACAGGCCUGCCCCUUGGCAGUCAGUACAGUACCCAGCUUCAGCUCAGCAGAAGGUGCAGGCGCGUGGCCAACUCACCUCAACUGGAGAACCAACGAUGUCCCACCAUGUUUGGCUGUUGGGAGCAGGCAGCCCGGAGCAGGCUACAGGAGAAAGAGAACAGGAGUCAGCAGCUUGUGGGAGUGAAGGAGACGAUGUCUCAGAUACAGAAGGAGCUGAAAAAGCAUCAACAUCAAAUCAAAGUACUAGACUUACAGCUCCAGGAGAAGGGUCAAAAGGAUAUGAAGUUGGAGACUGAGGUACAGCACAUGAAACAGCGAUCCAGUGAGACCAGUACCUUAUUGCAUAUUCAUGCCUCACUCAUCUAUGACUUGCAGACACAGGUUCACAACCUGUUGGUGCGGCUGGACCAGGCUCACAGCAAAAGCAAUUGUUCGCUCCAACACCACCACCUGUGCGAACACCACAAACUUUCAGAUCUCCAAUACAUUCGGAACUGUCCCCUUGACUGUGCAAGCAUCUAUUACAACGGGGUGAGUCAGUCUGGCGUUUACACCAUCAUUCCCUCCAUUGGUGGACUGCCCAUCAGAGUCUACUGUGACAUGGAUACUGCAGGUGGAGGAUGGACCAUUAUCCAACGCAGGGUUGAUGGCACCAUCGACUUCAACAGAGGAUGGACUGAGUAUAAAGAGGGUUUUGGAGAACUGACAGCAGAGUUCUGGUUGGGUAACAAUAAUAUUCACGACAUUACAAGCCAGGGGGAAUAUUCACUUAGAAUUGAUUUGGAGGAUUGGAAAUACCGACAGAAGUUUGCGCUGUACGAAACUUUCAGGAUUGAGGAUGAGUCCAAUCAUUUCCGCCUGCAUGUUGCAGGUUUCAGUGGAACUGUGGAAGAUUCCUUUGCCUGGUAUCACAACAAGAGGAGCUUCAGCACACCAGACACUGGCAACAUCUGUGCCAAGAUCUCACAUGGAGGCUGGUGGUACCAUCAAUGCUUCUUCUCAAAUCUCAAUGGGGUUUACUACAAGGGUGGAAAAUAUUCAGCGAAGGACAAGGAGCUACUGGGACCAGAUGGGAUUGUGUGGUACAGCUGGAGGAACUCUGAUUACUACUCCCUAAAAACGGUGUCAAUGAAGAUUCGCCCACAGAACUUUCGUCCCCGCCAGACACCCUGACUGAUUCUCUCACCCUACCCUUGCAUCGCCUUCUUAUACUUCUCAAUUCCUCAGCUUUGUCUUGGUGUGCCUGUAAUUUUUAUCCCUUCCCAACUUUGAAUUGUUUUUCAAACCUUCAGUUUGAUCUCCUCAAAUUGAGCUGUUUAUCACUGUUGACCCUCUCCCAUUUCUCAGAUUCUCAGUGCACCUGAUCUCAGCCACAUGAUACUCAACCCUACACACAGCAGAACGGUUUAGUGUUCACAAUCCCCACUUACUGAUCUCUCCAAACAACGCAGUCUGUGCUUGCACUGAGUGUGUACGUGGCUGCUGUCAAUGUGCAUGUGCCUCUGUGUGCGGGUGUGUGUGUGUGCGUGCAUGUGCCUGUGAGUAUUUACAGUCAUAGAGUUGUACAUGGAAACAGGCUGUUCAGUCCAACUCGCUCAUGCCAACCAGAUAUCCUAAACUGAUCGAGUCUCAUUUGCCAGCAUUUGGCCCAUUUGCUUCUGAAUACUUCUGAUUCAUAGAGUCAC